UCUUCAGGUGGUCGGUGAUAUUCCCGGUUUCAAUAUCAAGCUAAACGAUGAUAAAAUCCGUUCUCUUCUCUCCAUCGUCUCAACUCUCAAGUUGCCUCCUCCUUCUCUCAAAAACACCACCUCUUACUACAACGAACUGCCGCCUCCGCCCGCUGUUUCGUCGACUGAUUUCAUUCGUGAGGAUCCAGCUAAUAUCGCUCGGACUGUUUCCAUGGAUACAAUGUCUAUUGCUAGUUUUGAUGAUGAAGAUGACACACCCACUUCUUCUGUUGAUAGUGGUGUUAGUGGUACAAAGGAUAAUAAGGAUAGUACUGCCCAGAUUGUGUUUACUGAUGUGAAGAUCAAUUUAACAAUCAGAGAA